GUCAGAGGCUUACUUUCUUCCUGGUGCAAAGCCAAACCUGAGUUGAACAUCUCAUCCCUUGGCGUGCUGAAACACUCUUUCGUUUUUUUCCAUUUUAAUAAAUUGGCAAGAAACUACUCCCACGAGAAAAUGUCAUGAAGAAGAUGCUAAGGGCUUGCGAUGCUUAAAAACCUGGAACGAAGCAUAUAAAUGGCCAUUUAUCAAUAGGAUUGGUGUGAAAAAAAUUGGUGACAAUGUUUGGAAGAGGUUGCUUUGCUUCUUACAAGCUGCAAAAUUGCAUUGAAUCGCUACUUCAUUCUUACAAAUAUAAGUCGGGCAAUAUCUCUCCAGGUUUCCAACAUCAAGACGGUAUGGCUAAGCGACAUGAUUUCUCUAUGAACCAAGGGCUUCGAUUCAUCAGCACCAAUAUAGGAAUAUGGAGAAACAUUACUACUACAAAGGAUGAGAGGGAGAAGGAUAGCCCACCAGCGGCUGGUUCAGGUCCUCCAAAGUUCAAAUUCUCCCUCUGGGUAAAAUGCCUUUUGGGCUCUGUGCUGAGUUUCUUCCUGCCCUUCUGGAAGGAAAAAUGGACAAAACUGAAGAGGAUUGAAGGAGAAGCAGAGAUGGUGGUGGAACAGGUCGAGAAUGUAGCGGAGGUAGUGGAAAAGGUUGCAGACGCAGCGGAGAAGGCAUCAGCUCAAGUAGCAGAAAAGCUUCCUGAUGAUAGCAAGCUGAAAAAGGCAGCUCUGGCGGUCGAACACGUUUCAGAAAUAACAGCCCAAGAUGCUCACGCCACAACACAAUUCAUCCACCAGGCUGAGGCAAUAAAGCAUGACGUAGAUGGCUUGGAGUCAUUGGUUGAACCCAUUGUUAACAAGAUCGUGAAGCAAGGACCCCAAGCAAAAUAAACUCAAAUUUAAUCUUGAUGAAACCUUAGAGAAGAUUAAAUAAUGCCAUGAUGUAAGAUAAAAAAAAAUAUUUAUUCUAAACUUUUGUUUAUUUGCUUGGUCCAAGUCCAGUCAAAGAUCAGCCUAACAUCAGUUUAUCUCCCUAAUUCAAGAAUUCCACCAAGUCAUCCAGGACGUGGGCCACGGCGAACACGAAUCACGGCUAAUAAAGCAAAGCUAUCUGUCUGGAAAAGAAACUAAAGCGACAAAAGAGGACAACGUUAGCGUACAAAUUCUUAGCUUUCCUUGUUUUUUUGGUCGGAUAUUUAAUAAAAGCUGUAAAAGAUUGACCAGUAGACAUUAAUCUUGUUUAAGAAAGUCGAAACAGAAACUCCAAAUCCG